GCGCCGGUGAACACACCACCAGCACGCCGUCUUAGCGGUAUAUUUGGAUUGGAGAGUUUACCAGUUGAGGAAAAAUGGGGGACGACUUGGGUGACGAGUGGUGGCAAAACGAGGGCAAUUCAGGUGCAUCUGAGGCAGAGGAGGAGACGCAACAAGAGAAACGGACAACAGAAAAAACUAAGCCGGAGAAGAGGAAGAGGGAACCAGAGAAGACGGUUAAAGCCAAGAAGAAGACAAACAGGGAGCAGAAAGAGACUGUAAUACCUCAGAGGAAAGAAACUGAAGAGGAAAAGGCGACUAAACCCAAAAAAAAGAGAAAGAAGAAGAAGAAAACCAUCACAGAUGUCUUGGCCGCUUCGGAGCCAAAGCCAGGAUGUCCGGCUGACCUGCAGGACCUGGUCACGCAGCACUUCUCGGACAAACGCUCCGUGAUCGAGCAGGAGGAGCUCAAAUUGCAGAACUCCAGUUUCCUGACGAGUAAUGACUUGACGCACAGCCUCUCCUCUUAUCUGAAACAGGUUUGCCCGAAGUGGGCAAAGAUUCAGAAGCAGCACACAGAGAAGGGCUCUGUAGUGAUGCUCAUCGUCUGCAGCUCUGCGCUUCGAGCCAUUGAGCUCAUCAAGCAGUUGACGACUUUCAAGGGUGAAGCCAGGGCCAUGAAACUUUUCGCCAAACAUAUUAAGAUAGAGGAGCAGGUGAAGCUGCUGCAGAAAGGCGUCACGCACAUCGGAGUGGGGACACCGGGGAGGAUCAGCGCUCUCAUUGAGAACGAGGGUUUGAACUUGCAGACGUUGCGUUACCUCGUUCUGGACUGGAACUGGAGGGACCAGAAGCUCAGGAGGAUGGUGGACGUUCCCGAGAUCAAGCUGGACGUUAUGAAGCUGCUGGACAGCGGCAUCCUGGCUGGUUGUAAAACGGACAAAAUCAAAAUUGGACUAUUUUAACCAACGCAGCGAUUUGCGCCGUGCGCUGAUGUGUCCAUGUGGCUCCUUGGCGUUUUUUUUUAAAGCAGCGUACUUUCGUCCCUCGCGACAUGCCGAGGGGCCCUCAUCCUGUUUGUUUUCCCUUUGUGUCAGCGUGAAUCCUGUGCCGCGCUCUUAAUACUUUCAGAGUCUGUGUGACACGCAGGGUGCUGUUUGUUCGCUCUCGUAGUCCAAAACAAUGUCGAGGAGGGGGCGUGAUGGGUUGAAUAAACGGAUUCAAAAUUGAAA